AUGUCUGUUCCGUGGAAGAAAGUUCUGUCGGUCGCCUAUUCAUCAAUUGCGCUUCCAAUUGCCUUCGCGCAAAGUAAAUCUGGGUUCGACUAUGUUGAUCCGCUCAUUGGGACUACCAAUGGAGGCCAUGUUUUCCCGGGCGCAACGUUGCCGUUCGGUAUGGCAAAGGCCGGUGCAGAUGUCAAUGGCGAGAAUCAAGGUGGGUUUGCUUCGGAUGGGAGCAGUAUAAUUGGCUUCUCGCAUAUGCACGACUCCGGGACAGGUGGAUCGCCUUCUUUAGGAAACUUUCCGAUCUUUCCUCAAGCCGGCUGUCCGAAUGGCGACCUCAACAAUUGCAACUACACAUCUUGGGAACGCCAAACCCCGCGCAUCAACGGGACCGUCAAAGCUCACCCAGGGUACUUUGCAAUAACCCUAGAAUCUCAAAUCCAAGCCGAAAUGACCGUAACGAAUCAUACUGCGCUCUAUAGAUUUACAUUUCCGGAUAAACCAAUCACACCAAACACUACGUUAAGCCCUUUAAUACUGGUAGAACUUUCUGAUCUGCCACAGUCCAGAACUAAUGGAAACAUCUCUGCUCACGCAUCGGGUCGCAUCACAGGCAGCGGUACAUUCUCUCCUAGUUUUGGUAUUGGAAGCUACCAGUCCUAUUUCUGCCUGGACUUUGACGGCGCAAACCUCAAGGAUGCUGGUGUUUUUGCGAACUCACGCGCAGGAAGAGAGAAGUCUCUCAGCGUUCGAGCAGACGUUGUGGACAAUUCUCUCAACCUACGACCCGCUGGUGGCUGGGCCCAGUUCGAAGAACCCAACAACAACGGACAGAUUCUUGCACGCGUCGGUAUGAGCUUCAUGAACGAAGCUCAGGCGUGCGCAAAUGCUGAAAAGGAGAUUCCCGAUUUCGAUUUCGAUGGUACGCUCGAAGCCGCCGAGUCCGCAUGGAGGCAGAAGUUAGAUGUCAUUCAGAUCGAAGAUGGUGGUGUCAGUCAAGUCCUACUGAAAGCGUUCUGGAGCGGCGUCUAUCGCAGUAUGAUCAGUCCCCAGGACUAUACUGGAGAAAACCCAAAAUGGCAGAGCAGCGAGCCAUAUUACGACUCCUUCUACUGUAUUUGGGAUUCCUUUAGGAGUAUUCAUCCGCUUAUAACACUCUUAGACCCUCACUCUCAGACGCUGAUGGUGAGAACACUUUUGGAUGUUUACAAGCAUGAAGGGAAAUUACCAGAUUGCCGGAUGAGCUUCUGUUUCACUCAGGGUGGCUCAAAUGCCGAUAUCGUCAUUGCAGAUGCAUACUUUAAAAAUAUCACAGCUGGAAUCGACUGGAAGCUAGCGUAUGAAGCUUUGAUAUCAGACGCCGAGCUGGAGCCGCUGAAUUGGGAUGUUGAAGGACGCGGAGGCCUAGAGUCUUGGAAAAAUCUUGGCUACAUCCCCACUGAAGACUAUGACGUUCUCGGCUUCGGUACUCAAACCCGCUCCAUCUCCCGCACAGUCGAAUAUGCGUACAACGACUUCGUCAUCGCCCUUCUCGCCAAAGAAUUCGGCCACAUAAGUGACUACCAUAAGUAUCUUGGCCGCUCCGGAUACUGGAAGAACAUGUACAAGGCCGAUCAAACAAGUGCCAUCAACGGCACAGACACUGGCUUCGUUGGAUUUCUACAGCCUAAAUACUCGAACGGGACAUGGGGAUACCAAGAUCCGAUCUUCUGCUCUCCUUUACUAGAGUUCACGAGCUGUUAUCUCAAUCCUGACGGACAUGAGACUUAUGAAGGGAGCAGCUGGUUAUACACAUUCUUCGUUCCCGGCGAUAUGACCACCCUGAUCAAAACACUCGGCGGCCCAGAUCAAUUCGUCAAACGGUUGAAUUACUUCCAUGAAUCAGGUCUUCUGUACAUUGGUGACGAACAAGGUUUCCUAAAAGUCUUCUUAUACCAUUAUGCGGGACGUCCAGCGCUCUCAGCUACCCGAUCGCAUUUUUAUAUCCCUUCACAGUUCAACGACACCAUCAAUGGGAUUCCUGGGAAUGAUGAUAGCGGUGCUAUGGGUUCUUUUGAAGCCUUAACUAUGAUGGGUAUCUUCCCAAACGCGGGCCAAGAUGUGUAUUUCAUAACACCUCCGUUCUUCGCAUCAGUAUCUAUCCGCAAUGGACAAACGGGCAAAACUGCGACGAUUCGCAACAAAAACUUUGACCCUAGUGGAAAGAACGUGUUCAUCCAGUCAGCAACAUUGAAUGGAAAGCCAUAUACGAGAAACUGGUUACAGCAUAGUUUUUUCUUGGAAGGUGGCACUCUGGAACUCACACUUGGUACGACGGAGAGCGCGUGGGGAACCAGACCACAGGAUUUACCACCUAGUCUUGGACCAUUUGGGAAUGGGACGAUGAAUGGGACAGUAGGGAUCAAUGGGACGAUGCAUAGAAGAUGGGAGAUGCCGAAGUUGGAUAUGCACGUGAGCUGGGUAGGCUAA